AGUCAAAAAUGAAGGAUUUAGCCUUAAAAAAACUUAAAUCUAAAUCAUUUCAACGAACUUCACAAAAUUUAAAAUAUCGUAGAAUACUUAUUAAGUAUCUAAGAAAAUAUAAAAACCGUACUAAACAUGAUAUAAUUGUUAGCAAUCAAAAAAGAUUGAACCAGAUAGAAUCUAUGCCACCUCAAAAUACAGAUGACUCAAAAGCUUCCGAAUUUUAUAACGGCUACAACUUUUAUGCUUAUCUCUCCAUAAUAAUCAUAAUAAUUUGUGAAUGUGAACAAAUUAAUGAACUGUUAGAAAAUUUAUUAAAUUGGGAUAAUGAUUGGAAAAAUUACCUUAACAGAAGAGGAGUUAGAGAAGUAUUUAUAAAAGAAGAGAAUUUUGAGUUGAAAAUAUGUGAUGAAACAACUUUAGAUGAAAGUGGAAGAGUUGUAGAUAAUAUGGUUAUUUUAGAAAAAGAUUUGGGUAGUAAGAAAGAUAAAGAAUAA